CGCGGGCGGCAGCGGCAGCGUGCUGCGGAUGAGAGGAGGCCAUGACCACCGAUGARGCCACCAGGAGCGAAGGGGAGGUGCAGGCGGCGGCGCUGGCCGAGCGYGGGGAGGACAUCACGCCUGCCCAAGACCGGGGCGUCCUCAAGGUUAUUAAAAGGCCUGGCCAUGAGGAUGAGUGUCCCAUGAUUGGGGACAAGGUUUAUGUUCACUACAAAGGAAAACUGGCCAAUGGCAAGAAAUUCGACUCCAGCCGUGACAGGAAUGAGCCAUUUGUCUUCAGCCUGGGCAAAGGCCAGGUAAUCAAGGCGUGGGACAUCGGGGUGGCCACCAUGAAGAAGGGAGAGAUCUGCUACUUGCUGUGCAGACCGGAAUAUGCCUACGGCUCCGCUGGCAGCGCCCCCAAAAUCCCCUCCAACGCAACGCUCUUUUUCGAGGUUGAGUUGCUUGAUUUCAAAGGUGAAGACUUAUUUGAGGACGGAGGGAUAAUUCGGAGAAUCAAGAAGAAGGGAGAAGGUUAUUCCAACCCAAAUGAAGGCGCUACGGUAGAAAUUCACCUGGAGGGAUUCUGCGGCGGCACCAGGUUCGACUGCAAAGACGUGAAGUUUGUCGUGGGCGAAGGGGAGGACCACGAUAUCCCCAUCGGGAUAGACAAGGCUCUGGAGAAGAUGCAGCGGGGCGAGCACUGYGUCCUCUACCUGGCGCCCCGCUACGGCUUCGGUGAGGCGGGGAAGGCCAAGUUCGGCAUCCAGGCCAACGCGGAGCUGGUGUACGAGGUGACGCUGAAGAGCUUCGAGAAGGCCAAAGAGUCGUGGGAGAUGGACACCAAGGAAAAGCUCGAGCAGGCUGCCAUUGUCAAGGAGAAGGGGACGAUGUACUUCAAGGAAGGCAAGUACUUGCAGGCAGUGAUCCAGUAUGGAAAGAUUGUGUCGUGGUUAGAGAUGGAGUAUGGCUUGUCCGAGAAAGAGUCGAAAGCUUCAGAUUCCUUCUUGCUGGCUGCCUUCCUCAACCUGGCCAUGUGCUACCUGAAGCUGCGCGAGUACACCAAAGCUGUCGAGUGCUGCGACAAGGCAUUAGGGCUGGAUCAAGACAACGAGAAGGGUCUGUACAGGAGGGGCGAAGCCCGGCUCUUAAUGAACGAGUUUGAACUGGCCAAAGGUGACUUCCAAAAAGUGCUGGAGGUGAAUCCACAGAACAAGGCUGCCAAGUCCCAGAUCUCCGUGUGCCAAAAGAAGACCAAGGAGCACAACGAGAGGGACAGGAAGAUAUAUGCCAACAUGUUCAAGAAGUUUGCAGAGCGAGACGCGAAGGAAGCAGCGAGCAAAAGUGGGAUGGAAAAAGAAGCAGAAAAAGCUGCUGGUGAAAAGGAGCUAAAAACUCCAGAGUCGGAAGGCAAAGAGACUGAAGGCCACGUAUGAUGGAGGAGACGGCGGAAGGGAGACCCUCCUGCCCUCGGCUAGCCCCGAAACAGGUUUUCUGCCAGAACUCAGGACUCACCAGUGUUUUCUUGUCGAGCUUGUUACAGUUUGUGUGAUUGUGGAAGCCAAAAUGCCUCACAGAGAAAAUAUCAACCGCAGCUCUCCUGCUGCGAACGCGCCGAGCAGCAGAGCGCAAGCAGAGGGACGGAGUGGGACCACACCGAGUGGAACAAAUAGCUUUUUAAAAGAUUUUUAUUUUCUUCUUUUAAACUCUUGGCUUUUGGGAGGUUUUAGACAGCUCAUUCCAACUCGUGCGACUUCAACCAUGGCUCCUCCGGAAGGAGUCAGGACACGGGAGCUGUCCCAUUGCCUGGCUCAGUAUUGCGUUCAUUUGUGUUCCUGGAGCGCCGUGCCGGUGCCUGGAGAAAUCRGGCAGUGCCGGCCGAUCCGUGUUGCCGCCCCGCGCCGGAGCCGAGGGGACACAGCGCGCACCGGCGGCCUGGAGCCCAGCGGAGCCGCGCGCUCGGGCCGGGAGCAGGGGAGYCGCUUUCUCCUCUCCCUUCUUCCUUCUCCUCCUCCUGUGCAAGAGGCUCGGGAAACAAGCAACGUCGGGAUCGCACCGCACGUCCAGCCACGCUCCCGGAGUGUUAUCUGCAGCGCUGGCUUGGAGGGAGGCUCGGAUUUGCUCUCCUGGUGGGUCCCUGCAUGUUUUUGAAGGUGUCGCAAUGUGAAGCUAGUGAUGAGAAUUAAACCGUGCUGCGUUUCGGCAAUUUCCCUGCUUCCUUUUAGGAAACGUUACAAUGGUUCCCACGUAGUGCUGCUACAGAUACUUUUCUCCUCACUUCCGUUGUAACCUUUCUGUUUAGGGAUUUAUAAUUUGGCUUUAAAGUAGUGUUGUUUUGGCGGGGGGGAUUUAUUUUAAGUUUGGCCGCGUCACGUAUUUUAUUUUGUUGGAGUGCAAAGUACUGCUCUCC